AUGUUAGCUAAGCACACACAUAAAUGUCGACAUAUUAAUAAAAUGAAUAUUCAAUUAGGCAACUUAGCAUCACCGAAACAACUACAAGAGAAAGCAUUAAAUAAUCAAUAUGUUUUUGAACAAGAAGUUCCUUUACUUAGCAAAUCAUUAGAAAAUGAUUCAUCAUCAAAAAUAGAUGCCUUAUAUGAACGACAAAUACAUUAA